CAACAAAAACGAGACCAAGAUAAAUCAUUUCAAAUCUUUUCAAAAGCAGAAGUAAAAACAACCCAGUGAUAAAACGUGGUUGCAUAAGUGUGCACACCCUCACAUUACUGGCAAUGUGAAAGCAGUCGCAUUUGAUUUCAUUUUAAAUGGGAGUCGGCAUGCACCUGCCACCAAUUAAAGUGCCUUUCAAUAACCCCAAAUUAACUCGGGCCCCCUCUUUGCCCCCCCCCCCCAUUGAGUUGUGCGAGUUAUUGAUCACAUCAAUGGUGGAAAAGAAAUUUGAAAUCAUUCAUCUUGGUCUCGUUUUAUAUAUCACCCAAAAAGUUGUAUUUAAUGCGUAAUGUACAUAGUAGUUGCUUGCCAAAUCAUUUAUGUUGUCAGGACAUUAAGGAUUUUUAUCCACAAUUUUCCCUCUAUGUACUUAUUUAUUCUUUGAAUGGAAUGAAUUGUGCUCCAUUGUUGCGGGUGAGAAUGGGUUAAAGCAAACAAUAGAAUACAAGGAAGUGUGUGUCUUCCUUCAAAGAGAGUAAAGUCCAUCGGAGGAGGGGAGAGACAAUCCAGGAAAUCCAGUUCCCUCAAAACAAACUCCCCUUUUUGCCUUCCUCUUAUUUUGACUUGUAUUCAUAGUGACAGCCUAACGUUUGAGGAAUGGACCCACACAGACCAGGAUAUGGAGACGAUGAAUACGCGGAAGUGGCAGAUUACGUGUACUCCAAUGGCCAGGGCACGCUGAGAUUAAGACGUCCUUCGUCUCGAGGGUCCAGCCGGAACUACCCUCACUUCAACUGGGACCCGGCAGCCACAGAAGGAGAGAGGGAUGCGGAUGUGGACGAUGAAGAAGUGGAUGGCGGCAGAGAAUCGGGCCAGGAGCUUCGGGAGCUGCGCACCAUCCCUCUGCCCAUGGUGCUGAAAAGAGCUGUGAGGCAGGUGCAGGAAAUGCACGUGCCCGUCGCUUCCUCCAGGAUGACGUCCUGGAAACAAAAGAAGCGCAAAAUGCUCAAGAAAAUCCGAAACGUUGCCGGAGAGUUCCUAAACUUUUUUAUGCUGUGGAGGAAGUCUUUGCAGCAGAUUGGAGGCAACUUUGGCGGCGGUGUCCAGUCUUACUUCCUGCUCCUGCGUUUCCUGGUGCUACUCAAUUUGGUGUCUUUCUUACUGAUCGCCGGGUUCGUCGUCAUCCCCAGCAUCGUCCUCCGAGCCGUACACAGCAGCCCCGCGAACCACACCGGGCCCGAGGAAUGCAUGAAAUAUGAUCCCAAUCCUCAAGGCUUGGUGGCGUUCUAUAACUACGUCCUUGACUUCCUUUCAGGAAUGGGCUUCAUGGAGUAUUCGUACUUGUUUUAUGGCUACUACAGCAACACGCUGGUGGGCGACAGGAACUUCUCCUACAACAUCCCGCUGGCCUACCUCUUCACUGUCGUCUUCUACUUUGCAUUUUGCCUCAUCUGCAUCAUGGCUCGGAUGGGGACGGCGGCUCGCAUUGCCGUGGCGACGGGAGGCAGCGCAGCGGGCAACUACAGCAUGAUCGUGUUCACGGGCUGGGACUACGGUUGCCUGGGAGACCGAGCGACCAAGCUGAAGCAGAAAAACAUCCAUUACCGGCUGCAGGUGGAUCUGGAGGAGCAACUCAUGAAGGAGAGAGCAGCCUCUCUGACCUUGUCUCAGAAGGUCGUCUUGUACACCCUUCGCAUCUUCCUGGGCUUUGUUGCGUUGGGGCUCAUCGGGGCAGCCUGCUUCAGCAUCUUUGAGGCCACCGUUUUCAGUCAGAGGAGGAGCGGUCAGAUCGGAAUUCUGGGUUUAAUUUUGGAGUAUCUGCCGUCCAUCGUGAUCACCGCUGGUAACUUCCUGGUGCCGUUGCUCUGCGAGCAGAUCGCCCUGGUCGAGCGCUAUCGGCCCAGCACCACAGUCAUCCUGGCGCUGCUGAGGUCGGUGUUCCUGCGCUUGGUGAGCUUGGGAGUUUUGCUGUUCACCCUUUGGGGUCAGAUCAAAUGCCAGGUGGACUUGGAGAAGUGUGACCUGUGUCAGUAUAACCACGAGGAGUACCCGUGCUGGGAAACGCGAGUGGGGCAGGAAAUGUACAAGUUGACACUUUUCGACCUCAUCGUCACCAUCGGCGCGCUGGUGUUGGUCGAGUUUCCGCGCAGGAUGCUGGUGGACAACUGGUCCAACAAGGUGGCUCGAUGGGUGGGGCGGCAGGAGUUUGUGGUGUCUGCCAACGUGCUGAACCUGGUGGAUGGGCAGACGGUGGUCUGGACGGGGGCUCUCUUCUGCCCCCUGCUGCCCCUUAUUAAUACCGCCAAGUUUGUCAUCCUCUUCUACUGCAAGAAGGUCACACUCUUCGCCAACUGCCGCCCCGCACUCAAGACUUUCCGCUCCACCACCUCCAACUUCUUCUUCCUGAUGGUGCUGCUGUUCGGAUGGGCCAUGGCCACUCUGGUUAUGAUCUACAGCGUGGCCGAGAUCCAUCCAUCUAUGGGCUGCGGGCCCUUCCGCUUCUUCCCCUACAUGUGGGCCAUCGUUCCAAUGUCUUUCUACCGCCUCUCGGAAGUCACGCAGGACUUUCUCUUCUUCGUUGGAUCCCAGGCAUUCUCUGUCCCUCUCUUUGCAUUGUCUUGCGUAGUGAUGUGUUAUGUCAUCGCUCUGGCAGCUGUUUAUGGAAAAAUUGUUACUUUGCUCAGAGCUCAACUCAAACAGGAGGGCCGUGACAAGCAGUUCUUGGUUAAACAGAUUGAGAAUAUGAGUCGCCAACUGCAGAUACCAACAAGAGACUUUGCGUGACUAACGUUUCCCCAUUGCGGACUGUUUUAUUGCAGUUAAGAUGCAGAUAUUGAUGAUAGUUAUGAAAAAAAAUAAUCAUGUAAAAUAAAAACUUAUUUUUACAUCA